AUUGCACCUCCUAACUGUACAAGAGCAAGAAACAAGACCCGAACAAAAUAAACGCCGGUGAACGGCGAGUGUAUUCACAAGUUCAAAACAUUUAGUAUUUUUUUUGUAAUUUGAUUCCCCCGUGGAAGAUUAAGAAGACAAUCUAGAAGAUGGCUGUGAACGUUUACUCCACAUCUGUGACCGGCGACAACCUUAGUCGCCAUGAUAUGCUUUCUUGGAUCAACGAGUCUGUACAAAUGAACUACACCAAGAUUGAACAGUUGUGCUCAGGUGCAGCCUACUGUCAGUUCAUGGACAUGCUGUUCCCUGGAUGCAUACCAUUGAAGAAGGUUAAAUUCCAGGCCAAACUAGAAACGGAGUUCCUCCACAAUUUCAAACUUCUGCAGACCAGUUUUAAGAAGAUUGGGGUUGACAAGAUCAUUCCUGUGGAUAAGUUGAUAAAAGGCAAGUUCCAGGACAACUUUGAGUUUGUGCAGUGGUUCAAGAAAUUAUUUGAUGCCAACUACGAUGGAAAGGAGUAUGACCCAAUUAGUGCACGCCAGGGCCAGGACACUGCCCCCUCACCCAACCCAGGGCAGGUGGCUCCCAAGCCCAGGAAGCCCACCACUGUAUCGCUCCACAGCUCCACCCCUCCAGUUAAACCAGCUGCGAGAGUCGCUCCCACCAGGUCUACAACGACAGUGAACAAAACCCCCCCCAGGUCAGCAGGGACUGGAUUGAGGAGGCCUGGCGGAGCAGGGGAUGCGGAGAGGGAGGAGCUAGCCCAGGAGAUCAAUUCCCUGAAAGCCACGGUCCAGGACAUGGAGAAAGAGAGAGACUUUUAUUUUGGAAAGCUUAGGUCUAUUGAGGUCAUCUGCCAAGAGGUGGAUGGAGAGGCUGACUCCACUAUGCAGAAGAUAAUGGAUGUUCUGUAUGCCACUGAUGAGGGAUUUGUUAUUCCUGAUGCUGAAGGAGAAGAACCAGAAGAGUUCUGAUGAUUUUAUAUUUUAAUGGACGCAACUCCAGUCAAAGGGUUCUCAAACCUCUCCCCUGGGCCCGCUGCCGUUCCAUGUACUUGAUCUAUUUAAUAGCUAGCAUCCCUGAUUCAGUUUGUCUUCAAAUUUCCAGGCCCUUGUUUAAGUAGGUGAAUCAGGUGAGCUAGUUAAGGGCUAACAAAAUUGCUUUGGAGUCUGUGAGAGGUUUGAGAACUACUCUAGUCCAUAACUUUAUCACACUCCUCCAUGCACAUACACAGGUUAGUGAAUGCACAUUUUGCAUGUGCAGAGUUCAUGCACAUGCGCUUGUGUGCUGUUAUGAACAUGCACUUAUUCACACAUACUGCCACUGUGGAUUAGGUUGCCUCUGGAACAUAGACUGCCUGCCCCAUUGGUUCGUGUUUCUUUGACCAAGUGUUCUUUGGACCAUGAAAUACAUUUCAGAGAGCCUGCUGAUCCAGCCACCAGAAAAGAACCCUGUGUCCUUCUUCCCUGGUUUCUUUUCUGCCUUGUUCUUAUUCUGGCCUCUUCUGUGCCUUUAAACUUUGGCCUGUUACUUUUAAAAUGUGUUCAGGUUGUCUUUUUAUUACUUUAUAUAUUAGACCUAAACAAACUGUACUUGAUUUCUUUUGUUUUGAUAUGAUAUUUGCAAAAACAAUUAAUUAUUAUUAAAGAUCUAUGAAUAUGGUUA